CAAUACCUCCGGGAACUACAACAAAGACGGUCACAGACCCAGUUUGUGGCUCGGGCGAACCGGUUCGGAUUCUCCAUGGAUUUCGGGAGCCCCAACCAGCCGCGCCUGAUCGGAGAUUACGUACUGGGACAGCAAAUCGGGUCGGGUUCUUUUGCGGUGGUGUGGCACUCAAGGCAUCGUCACUCGGGUUUGGAGGUUGCAGUUAAGGAGAUUAACAAGAAACGGCUUAGCCCAAAAGUCAGUGAGAAUCUACUCAAAGAGAUUUCUAUUCUUAGCACCAUCGAUCACCCAAACAUUAUACGAUUGUUCGAUGUAAUCCAGACCAAUGAUAGGAUUUACCUUAUUUUGGAGUAUUGCAAUGGUGGUGACCUUGCUACUUACAUUCAUCGACGCGGAAAAGUUUCAGAAUCCAUUGCACGGCAUUUUAUGAGACACUUAGCUGCGGGGUUGAUGGUACUCCAAGAAAAGCACCUCAUUCAUAGAGAUCUAAAACCACAGAACUUACUAUUGUCCAGUAUUGGAGGUAUACCACUUCUGAAAAUAGGCGAUUUUGGUUUUGCAAGGUCUCUCACACCCCAAGGGUUGGCAGACACACUAUGUGGUUCACCGUUGUACAUGGCUCCAGAGAUAAUUCAAAAUCAGAAGUAUGAUGCCAAGGCUGAUUUAUGGAGUGUCGGAGCCAUAUUAUUCCAGCUAGUGACUGGGAGGCCACCAUUUGAUGGAAAUAGUCAAUUUCAGCUUUUUCAGAACAUUUUAAAAUCCACUGAACUGCGGUUCCCACCAGAGGCUUUAAAUGAGCUACAUCCAGAUUGUGUGGAUCUUUGCAGAAGCCUUCUGCGUCUAACACCAGCUGAGCGAUUGACAUUCAAAGAUUUCUUCAAUCACAAUUUCUUAAAGGAGCCCAGGUCAAUUGUGAACGUUGAACGGCCUUCUAUACAGCCACCAGACGGAUCAACGGUCCAGCAAUAUGGUACCAUCUCAACAUCGGACAAAAGUCCUCAUUUGCAUCCUGGUCAUCAUCUCAAGACAUCCAUAGAUGACCCUGUGGUAAUCAGUUCUGCUGUUGAUGAGACCGUGCUGUCACCAAGGAAGCUUAGUGGGAAUACUGCUGACACCAAAAGUGUUAAGGGCACAAUUUCAACAACUACUGGUGACAAGCAGGGACUUGGUAAUGUUGCUCAAUUGUCAGACCAGCCUCAUGCUUCUCAUUUGAUGGAGUCCAUUGAGAAAGACUAUGUCCUAGUCAAUCGUCACUUUGCAUCAUCGGAGGCUUUCUCUGAUUACCUUGGGGCAUCUGUGCAAGAUCAUAUCACUAGCGGGGUUUCGAUCUGUCCUUCAGAGAUGGUUGGCCUGGAAGUUGGAGUUGCAAAGCGAACAAAUAAUUUAUCCUGUUGCUGUUUUGAUGGUGAUGGAGAAGAAAGAACAAAAAGUGGUAAAUUUGAGGCGGCCCCUGUGUUUGCUGUCCUGGGGAAAGAGCAGGGUGCAUCCUCAAAGCAGCCUUCGAGUGGGUUAGAUUUGUUGCAUCAAUAUGUGCAGAUUCUCUCAGAACUUUCACAAGAAAAAUAUAAUGCAGGAUUGUAUCUAGAAUCGUUUGCAGUUGAACUGGUGGUUUUGGCUAUAUGGAAAAAAACUCUUGAAAUUUGUAACUUUUGGCUGGACUCCAUCGCUGAGGGCAAGUUGCCUGGAAGCACUUCAGGGAAGGAAUCCACAAUCUCAUGCGAAGAUGAAAGCAGAUCACAACCCAUGCUAGAGAAAAUAGAUUUUAGUGAUCCUUCUGCUGUGUCCUUGUGGGCCAAGAAAGGAUUUAUUUUUGCAGUUGAUCAUGCUGAGAGACUUUCAUGCCUUGUUCAAAAUAUGGAUGGUGCAUCUGAGAUGCCAAAUGCAAUGGAGAUCAUAUUUCAAAAAGCACUAUCAAUCGGCACAAGUGGUGCUGUAGACGAGUAUAUGGAAAAUAGAGGUAAGGCAGCUGUAUCAUACUCAAAAGCGAUGCUUCUUCUUUCAUUUAUUGUGAACGAAGCAGUUCACCUUCCACUGAACCCACCAUUCUCACUAACUCCGGCUAAUGAGAAGAGAAUGUUACAGUAUAUAUUGAACCUGCAGUCGCGUCUACGUCAGUCCUCGUCAUCGGAGCCUUCCAAGGCAUCCGACAUUCUUUAAUGAAGUAAAUAACCAUAUGUAUAGUAGUCCUUGUACAGUUAUAUGUAACUGAAGUAUUUUGCUGAUGACUUGCAUAUUAACUUUUUCUAUGCAUAGAUGAGAGAAAAAGAAAAGCUUUGAUUUGAUAGAUGUGAUGUGCAGAGAAUUUUAUGACUUAACAUGGUACUGUGGAGUGACUUUCCCUUUAUCGGAGAAUUUUGUAUAUAAUAUUAUAAAUUGUUCCCCACGAAAUUUUCAUAGUUUCGUA